AAUUCCUCCGCUAUUCUUCACGUAUAACUUCCGCACUUAUUUUAGUAUUUUAGUUUCAUUCUCAUUCUCAAUUAAUAAUAUUUAUCAUGGUAUCAGAGCCGAAAUUCUGGAAAUAAAUUUCUACAUUUUUUUCUUAAGCUAUGGCAGUUGGUGAUGUUCUCAUUAAAACUAGCUAUGAGGCUAUGGGUUGCUUCUUUUCUAGUGCUCAAGUGAAUAUGGCAUACAUAUCACCAAAUGCUCGUCCUUGGAUAAUUGAUUCCGGAGCAACUGAACAUAUCACCUGUAGUGAUAUUAAUCUUUUUAAUAUCCGUCAGGUGCCAGAUUCCUCUGUCAGAAUUCCUAACGGUGAAUCAAUUCCGGUUCAUGCCGUCGGAAGUUUACACUUACCCAAUGGGCUACGUCUUGAACGUGUCCUAUACAUUCCAAAAUUUCAAUGCAACCUCCUUUCAGCUAGUCGCUUAACUAAUGAUCUAAAUUGUACAUUAACAUUUUUUUCAGACUUCUGUAUUUUACAGGAUGUGCCAUCAAGGAAUCUGAUUGGCGUGGGUAAAUUUCGUGAUGGUCUCUAUUACCUGGAGAACACGAAAAGUGAGAGUGUGGCAAUGUCAGUCUCAAUUACUCCUGAUGUAUGGCAUCAACGUUUGGGACAUGCAUCUGAUGGAAAAAUACAUCACAUCAGUUCUCUCAAGGGAUUUCAACGUAGCAAUAAUUUUUGUGAUCCCUGCAUCCGAGCUAAGCAGACUAGACUACCCUUUCCUACAAGUGCCAUUAAGACAACUCAUUGUUUUGAAUUGAUCCAUUGCGACAUUUGGGGCGGUUAUAGAUGUGAUUCAAUCUCCGGUGCACGGUAUUUUCUAUCUAUUGUUGAUGAUUUUACCAGAGGCGUAUGGGUUUACUUAAUGAAAAAUAAAUCUGAGGUUUCUCAACUUUUAAUCCAAUUUUGCAACAUGGUAAGUACCCAAUUUGAGCAAAAAGUAAAACGAAUACGGACUGAUAAUGGUGUAGAAUUUCAAACCAAAAAUUUGUUUGAUUACUAUGGGAGCAGUGGAAUAUUAUUAGAGACGUCAUGUACAGACACACCACAACAAAAUGGGGUUGUUGAGCGUAAGCAUAGACACAUAUUAGAGAUUGCGAGGGCACUGCGUUUCCAGUCUGGAUUACCUAUUGAUUUUUGGGGAGAAUGUAUUUUAACUGCUGUUUAUAUUAUCAAUAGGCUUCCCUCGCCCAUUAUUUCUAACAAAAGCCCUUUUGAGAUGUUAUUUGGAAAGGUUCCUAGCUAUGAUCAUUUACGUGUAUUUGGGUGUUUGGUGUAUGCCCACGACAACAAAAGAAAAGAUAAAUUCAGUGAAAGGGGGAGUCCUUGCAUAUUUAUUGGGUACCCAAAUGGUCAGAAAGCUUAUCGAGUUUUUGAUUUACAAAAUCAUAGUGUCUACAGCUCUCGGGAUGUAACAUUUUAUGAAGAUAAAUUUCCAUUUAAAAUCAAUUUCGAUCAAGAACUUGAUUUUUCAGUGAUUGUUGAAAAGGUUUACAACCACGUAUUGGGAUAUGAGUCUCCUACACCGCAGCAUAACACUUCACCGAACAGAUCUGAUGUUUAUCAUAAUAGAGAGCAAUCGUUGGAGCAUAGUAGCGGCGGUCCCACACCCGCAAAUACGGAUCAGCUGCUGCCGGGCCAAAUUGAAUUGUUAGCUAGCGAGCAGAUGCACCAACACUAUGGACAGUUGCAUGGUCCUCCUCCAACUCCUGUACAUGAAUACCCCACACCCAAAAUAAUUGACCACCAACAAGCUCCUCAUGAAACUGCUACGUAUGAAGACCCAAAAUUGGAUGAAAUAAACCAGCUGCAAACUGACCCACCUACUAAACAAUUGACGGUACACUCUCACAUCUCUCCGCAAAAGACAAUUACCGCGGACCCCAUUUUACAAUCAGUCCAGAAUACUCCAUGUAUUGCGCCGAGUUUGCUGCCAAAACGAAGUGAUCGUAAUCGCAAACUACCAAAACAUCUUGAUAAUUUUGAGACUGACUUGCCACCUUCACUUGAUCAUUCACGAUCCACCGCUAACUCAGUGAACUCGAAGGUAUACCCUAUUUCAAAAUACAUUAGUUAUGAAAAAUUUUCGUGUACUCACAAAGCAUAUUUAGCGGCCAUCACUUCUCGUGAUGAGCCGAAAUAUUUUUCACAGGCUGUACGAGAUCCUUUAUGGAGAGAUGCCAUGCAAAAGGAGAUUAAUGCAUUAGAAGAAAACAACACUUGGAUUCUAGUCCCAUUGCCACCCGGAAAAAGAAUUGUUGAUUCUAAAUGGGUUUAUAAAAUUAAAUAUAAACCCAAUGGUGAUGUGGAACGUUACAAAGCUAGAUUGGUUGCUAAAGGUUUUACUCAAGUUGAGGGUAUUGAUUUUCAUGAGACUUUUGCUCCGGUUGCUAAACUUGUCACUGUACGUUGUCUUUUGACUAUUGCAGCCAAACGUAAUUGGAUAGUGCAUCAACUGGAUGUUAAUAAUGCUUUUCUUCACGGUGAUUUAUCUGAAGACGUUUAUAUGCGUAUACCACAAGGUUUCAUGAAAGACGGAGAUACUCGUGUUUGUAAAUUACAAAAAUCUCUAUAUGGAUUGCGUCAAGCAUCUCGCAAUUGGUAUCACAAAUUCACUCAAGCUCUAACUCAAAUUGGGUUUCGCCAAUCAAAAGCGGAUCACUCCCUAUUUAUUUUUUCUCAGGGUCCCAUAAACACCUUUGCACUUAUCUAUGUUGAUGAUGUCAUCUUAGCUGGAAAUGAUAGCUCCCAUAUCUCGACGGUCAAAGGCUACUUGGACGCCACUUUUAGCAUCAAAGAUUUGGGGAAACUGAAAUACUUUCUGGGUAUCGAAGUUGCUCGUUCUCCUGAGGGCUUUGUUUUGAGUCAGCGAAAAUAUACCCUGGAUAUUUUAGAAGAGAGUGGUUUCUUAGCCGGCAGACCCAGCCUAUUUCCCAUGGAACAAAAUUUAAAACUUCGUCCCGAUGAUGGUAGCCCACUCAUAGAUGCCUCCCUAUACCGCAGAUUAAUUGGGCGACUAUUAUAUCUUACAGUGACUCGUCCAGAUAUAGUCUACUCAGUUAGUCAACUUAGCCAAUUUCUCAGCUCUCCACGCCAAACACAUCUUGAUGCAGCUAUUCGUGUGCUUCGGUAUUUGAAGCAAACACCUGGUCAAGGCAUUUUUCUAUCAUCUGAUAGUGAUAUCACCUUGACAGGUUAUUGUGAUGCUGAUUGGGCCGGAUGCUCUUUUACUCGCCGAUCUAGCACUGGCUAUUUUAUCACCCUUGGAGCUUCACCUAUAUCAUGGAGGACAAAGAAACAGUCUGUUGUCUCUCGCUCUUCUGCUGAGGCAGAAUACCGCGCCAUGGCUGUAACAGUUAGUGAAAUUCUAUGGUUACGAUGGUUAUUACGUGAUCUUACGGUUCAUCAACAACACCCGACAUUACUUUACUGUGAUAAUCAGGCUGCACGACAUAUUGCGCUUAACCCAGUAUUUCAUGAACGUACCAAGCAUGUCGAAAUGGAUUGUUAUUUUGUACGAGAACGUGUUGCUAGUAAUGAGAUCCGGCCAAAAUUCAUUUCAACAGAGAAUCAAGUGGCCGAUAUAUUUACAAAAGCACUAGGGGCAGACCGUUUUCAGUUUCUUCGUAGCAAGUUGGGUGUUCGUGACCUACACACUCCACCUUGAGGGGGAGUAUUGAAGCCUAAGUGUGUUUACUAUUCCAUAUAUGUACUGUACUAGUUGACUAGAAUUAUUAUUUGCAUAAUACUUGUAUUAUUGCAUGGCCCAUGCAACUCUUUCCUAGCAAGUACUCUUCAUACUCAUUGUAUUAUAUAUGUACGUAGAUGUAUUGAGAAAAUGAUAAGGAGAAUUCCUCCGCUAUUCUUCAC